AGUCUGCACAAGCCCAGGGAGCCCGGGAGCAACGAGGGGCAGGCUCAAGGGAAGGCCCCACCAAGUCUUUUUGGGGGCCCUUGAAUGGCAACUGAUACAUAAUAAGACACAAUCUAUUCUGCUGAUUCACAAUUAUGGAGACUGUGUAACUGAAGAUAGAAGAGAGACCUAAAAAUAAACUCUUGAAAGAAGGAGGGAUUUGCCUUCGUUUGGCUCUGAGCCAGUCCCUGCAGACGCCCUGCCGCUUCUAUGAUCGGAGGCUGGGAAGCCCACUGGUCCAAAGGUCUACACAUGAAGUCACCAUAACGAGGGUGGCUCCCGCUUCCUAAAGACCUCAUCGCCGCGAGGUGAGGCUAAGAUGAGCAUAACCAGUGACGAAGUGAACUUUCUGGUGUAUCGAUAUCUCCAGGAGUCAGGUUUUUCCCACUCGGCCUUCACGUUCGGGAUCGAGAGCCACAUCAGCCAGUCCAACAUCAACGGGACGCUGGUGCCGCCCGCCGCCCUCAUCUCCAUCCUGCAGAAGGGGCUGCAGUACGUGGAGGCUGAGAUCAGCAUCAACGAGGAUGGCACGGUGUUUGACGGCCGCCCCAUAGAGUCCCUGUCCCUGAUAGACGCCGUGAUGCCCGAUGUGGUGCAGACGCGGCAGCAGGCGUUCCGCGAGAAGCUCGCGCAGCAGCAGGCCAGUGCGGCGGCCGCAGCGGCAGCAGCAGCCACGGCAGCCCCGGCAGCAGUUUCCCAGCAAAAUCCACCAAAGAACGGAGAGGCCACGGUGAACGGGGAGGAGAACGGAGCACACGCAAUAAAUAAUCACUCGAAACCCAUGGAAAUUGACGGGGACGUUGAGAUUCCACCCAACAAAGCCACAGUCCUUCGGGGCCAUGAGUCCGAGGUGUUCAUUUGUGCCUGGAACCCUGUCAGCGAUCUGCUGGCUUCUGGGUCUGGAGACUCGACGGCCAGGAUAUGGAACCUUAAUGAACACAGCAACGGGGACUCCACCCAGCUUGUGUUGAGGCACUGUAUACGGGAGGGGGGACACGAUGUCCCCAGUAACAAAGAUGUCACCUCGCUGGACUGGAACAGCGAUGGGACACUUCUGGCCACAGGUUCAUACGACGGUUUUGCAAGGAUUUGGACGGAAGACGGUAACCUGGCCAGCACCUUAGGCCAACAUAAAGGCCCCAUCUUUGCCUUGAAAUGGAACAAAAAGGGGAAUUAUAUUUUGAGUGCUGGUGUAGACAAAACAACAAUCAUUUGGGAUGCCCACACAGGAGAAGCCAAACAACAGUUUCCUUUCCAUUCAGCCCCUGCUCUUGACGUGGACUGGCAGCACAACACUACCUUUGCCUCCUGUAGCACAGACAUGUGUAUUCAUGUAUGCAGACUUGGCUGUGACCGCCCGGUCAAAACCUUCCAAGGACACACAAAUGAAGUCAAUGCUAUCAAAUGGGAUCCUUCUGGAAUGUUGCUAGCAUCCUGCUCUGAUGACAUGACAUUAAAGAUCUGGAGCAUGAAGCAGGACACGUGUGUGCACGACCUGCAAGCUCACAGCAAAGAGAUAUACACCAUCAAGUGGAGUCCCACCGGGCCGGCCACCAGCAUCCCCAACUCCAACAUCAUGCUGGCGAGUGCUUCAUUUGACUCCACGGUCCGGCUGUGGGAUGUGGAGCGAGGGGUGUGUAUCCACACGCUGACCAAACACCAGGAACCUGUCUACAGUGUCGCUUUUAGCCCCGACGGGAAGUACUUGGCCAGCGGCUCCUUUGACAAGUGUGUCCAUAUCUGGAAUACUCAGAGUGGCAGUCUCGUCCACAGCUACCGAGGCACUGGCGGCAUCUUCGAGGUGUGCUGGAAUGCUCGCGGGGACAAAGUGGGCGCCAGCGCCUCCGAUGGCUCCGUGUGUGUUUUAGAUCUGCGGAAGUAAACAGAAACUAUUCUAGAAAAACUCAAGAGUUCUAGUGGACCAGCAGAGAACGUGUGGGGUCGUGGCCCUCUCCAGACACCAUUCUGUCAGCUCCAAAACUGUACGAACUUGACUUGCGUUAGAGUGUACUUGGAAAUCAACUCGUCCCUGCCACAGGAGUGUAUAUGUUUUCGUAAUCUUCAUCAGGAAGUUCCAAAACAAACAAGCAAAAUCAAAAGCAUGCACACAGUCAUAUCAGAGGGGGGAGAGUGGUCUCCACCCAGGACACUCAGCCCAGGAAACAGGAAGCUAGACGUGCACGGUGUGGUUUCCAUCCAGAAGAGGCUCUGAUGGCAGAACGGAAAACAAGAGAAGAGGAAGCUGUGCCAAAAAAACAAAAACAAAAAACAAAACAAAGAAGCAAAAUGCUGUGAUAAACCAGAAGGGGAAAUGUCCUCUCCUCGCGCUGGUGUUUUCUUUCCCCUGACAAUUGGGACACUACAGCUGCUACGGCAAAGGAUGUUCAAAGACCAGUUUGUACCAAUGCGAUGCGCAACUUUGUAAUCCCAACACUUUCUAUUUUCUAGAAUCUUCUUUGUUCGAUGGUUUUUCUAUCAGCUGGAAUUCUGUCGUCUAGGGGCCUUCGGUCUGAGAUGGAAACUGUUUUGGGUUUGUUGCGUCUUCCCUCUGUCGUUCCCUGACCCCUCUGCCUUAUCCCCUUGUCUGCUGUGGUCUGGCUUUUCAGGACCCCUCUUUCGACACAGCCACAUGGACACGGUCACAGAAGUCUCCAGUGGACAGCUUCCUCCCUCCCUCUGUCCCCUCCUCUGUCCCGCCCUUCCUGCCCCUACCCCUCGCUCACCCUUCUCUGUCCCGUCCUCAGAGUUGCUUCAGAUCUUAGGUCUCAAGGACAGUUUGGGUGCAUAAUACGUGCUUUAUGUUAAGAAGGCAGGGCAGGGGGACUUUUUACAGGAGAAAAAGAAAAUGACUUAUAAUAGAAAGAGCCUGGAGUAUUUUUGGAAAAAAAAAAAGUUUUAUGUUAAAACAAUUUAAAAAUCCUCAAAUGGCCAUCAGACAUAGAGAGCUGUGUGUGAUUCAUAGUCUAGAAAAGCUGUCAGGAGACACAGGCAGGGCCCGAGGUGGCUUCCCCCGUUCCCUUCAGCUCCACAGGUGGUCAGGAAACUGGGUGGGAAGGGUCAGUCCUAUGGGUGAGCAGCGGGUGGCUCUGUGGCCCACCAGGAGGACAAAGAACCACGUGGCCUCUUUUGGGGUGGGUGACCUUAGCGGCCACCAGGAGAAAAGUGAGUGCAGGACAGUGUGCUCUGACCCUGAGGACGCGUCCCCAGAACCAAGAGGCACCAAAGCCAUCGAAAGCCACAGCUCGGCUCGCCGUGGCCGCAACUGCCUCCUCCCCACAGCGGCGUCGUUUCUCCAAGAGUGGGCCAGGCCAGUCCUUGCAAAGCUGACGUCAAGGCUCCAGGGCGUCACUUGGUCUAAUGAUGACAAAAGGAUGCGCAAAAGGCAGCGUUGCAGCCCCAACGGCGAACGCUGUAGGCAGAGCGUCACUGAUCGUUUCUGCUGUCUUUAUCAUUUCCUUCUCUCACACGAGACUAGGAGAAAGAGGGUUUUUUUAAAGAAUGAAUCUUUUUAGUGUUUUUUAAAAAUUAAACAAGGCUUUGAAUUCCUAGAAAAGUUUCUUUUCAUUGGAUCAGGUGACCUCUGUGCUCGUAUUGUCACAACCCGACACUGGCUUACUUCUGAAAUCAGCAACGGGGGCAAGGACCGACGGCUGGGGCCCGUCUCUCAUCGGCGUCCUGUGGGCCAGGGAAGAUCUGAGGACGGUGGCAGGCCUGUGGCGGCAGCGGCAGUGGCGGCUGGCAGUGGUGGGUUCACUGGUGUGUGUUCCUUCCAGCCAUGAGACCGUGUUAUUCAGGGGGCGGCACCCCUCUUUGGAGCCGAAAACCGACAUCUGGGAAGGGCAGGGGCUUCCUAGAGAACUUGGAAUGGUCCGGGACCAGCUACCAAAGCCAAGGGGCGUCGGCCAUUCCCGGGUCAUUCACUGGCCUCCACCUGGGCCUGUGAAUUAUUCAAGCCCAGAAAGUGCUCUGUUUCCAAGUAAGGCUUUUUGGGGGCUCUGUCACCUGAACACUUAGUAACGAAGGCCGAAGUCCCAUGGAGUAACCACUCCCGUGUCUGAAGACAGCCAGCAUCCGCAGACUCACCGCUGAUUCCUGUCCCCAGAGUGGGUGAGGUUUGGGGGGCAGCGUGUUGGGGUCCAGAUGAAGACCAUCCCCCCUCCCCAGAUGAGAGCGUUUUCAUCUCCGCAGAGCAUCGGCUGCCGGAAAUCGGACCAUGGUCAGGAUGUGGCUUGUGCGUGGCAAGCAGAGACUGGCGUGGCAUGGUGACCGGGGACGUAUGGAAGGGAUUCACUAGACAAUCUUCCUGGGAAUGUCGGGAGCCAGGGUCUCACCAAAGCGCUGGCUUCAGCCUCCUCUUGAAUCUCAAGCACCUCGGGAUUGUUAGGUUGGAGCCGAGGGCUGGGGCCACGGGCAACAGGCUUCCUAUCCCUGUGCACAACAGUGAGCCUCGGAUGAAGGGAGGCGGCCACCCCCGAGCUGGCCACAGGGACCAAGCAUGAGGGUGUCGCUGGCGCCCCUCGAAUCCGUGCCUGUCCUCAGCAAACAGCGCCAUCGACGACUAGUUUGGGGCCCCUGACACAUGUGGCCAUCGUGCCCUCCUGCCAGGCACACGGGAGAUUCACGUUCAGGGUCUGGGGUGGCCACCUGGACAUGUGACUGUCGGACGUCGCUUACAGCUCUGAAACCCUUUGAGUCGCUUCAGUCUUAGUGACCAAAUUCAACCUCGGAAGCAGACAUAACACAACGAUCCUUCCUGGAACCUUUGGUUGGAUUUGAAAUGACCAAGAGCCACGUCCAGCACGCACCUGGGGAGGGAGCUGCCCCGGGCCGGAAGGGCCGGAUGUCACAGGGUGAAACCUCUGACCCUGCGCGACACCAUAGGACUUGACUUUGGUUUUGUCUUUCUAAAACUAGAUCCUGGAGCCCAGAGAAGUGCACUUUGUCAAUCGUAAGGAUCUUUGUUCCUUCUUAUUUCUCUCUUUUUUAACCUCUCGUUCCACCUUUUUUUGGUUUUUUUCAUGGUGUUUCUUGUCCAAUGCAGAAAUAUCCCUCCCGCCACUCACUGAAGCUUCGAAUUCUGGCUUCUGCAGUUUUAUUGUCUGUGUCAGACGUACAGCCAGACCUGCUUCCUGUCCGCGUUGCCCAGAUCCUGUUGCAGUGACAUGGAGCCCCGUCCUGUUCUCCUUCCACCCCCACUCACCCUCACGUUCUUUGGUAAAAAAGAAUCACCUUGUGUGUUGUAGCUCAUUUGUUUCGAGAGAAAAUCAACAGAUCAUAUUCAGUGU